CCAGAAAACGCUUCGUUUCGCUUCGCUGCGCUGCGCCUCUCUCUCUCUCCUCUCUGGUUCUCUUCCGACCCACACGCCCUAGCUCUUCUUCUCCUCCUACUUUUUCGUCUUCGUCUUUCUAGGGUUGGGUUCUGGUUUUGCCAGCGUGCUUGCCUUGAAGUAUGCAUGAUAUAUAUUAAAAUUAUAUAACGAGGGGAAAAAAUUAUGUGCCGUAAAACGCUCUCUUCUCUCUUUGAAUUCCCAAAUCUCUCCCUCGAAGUUACGAGGUUAAGCAUGGCCUGAAUUUCUCUCUUCUCCGUUCAUUUCAGCUCGAUUUCUGUGUUUAUGAACUUGUUUGGAUUUAUCGGAGUUAAGUAUUUAAGUGGUUCUGAUGGGUUUUCUGGGAUUGUCGUUGGCGCUGAUCCACUGAUGUGUAAGCUGUUAUCUGGAAUGUUUUAUGAGCUGUAAGAAGUGAUAUGAGAGGGGUGGCAGUCCUGGAAUGGAAAUGUAUAAUGUUCUCGAACAGGGGAAGAUUGAAAACAGUCUGAUUCAAGGCGUGGAACCAAGCUUUCUUUCGAUGAGCUCACUUCUUGAACAAGUUCAAGCCAUGUACAAUGACAGGAACCCAGACUUUGUUGUUGAUCAAGGCUUGUAUUAUCCUACUGCCACCAACUAUGGUUACUACUGUACAGGAUUUGAAUCACCCAGUGAGUGGGAAGGCCAUCAUAGAUUUGGUGUGGAUGGUCGUGAAAUCCAGUACAUGGGUGCAGAGACUGAAAACAUGUUUUAUGUAUAUUGUCCUCCUGGCUAUGGAUAUGAACAAUCCCCAUAUAAUCCCUAUAAUCCAUACAUACCUGGUGCCGUGAUUGGAGUUGAUAACCCAUCUUUGGGGGCAGAACAGUAUUAUACAAUUCCUUCUUAUCAAAACCCUGUGUCUUCACCUGCUUAUGCUCCUGCUGUUGUUCAACCAGAUAUGGUCCCUGAUAGUUCACUGAUCCCUUUGUUGGAUACUGGUACAACUACAUCUAUUGUUGAUGGACCUAAUGGUGAUGGUGGGAAGUGUAGUCUUGCUUCAGCAUCUUCAACCUUUCCCAGAAACCCUCCUAAGCGUGCUUCAAAUCGUACAAAUUUCUCAAGUAAGAUAUCAGAAGGGACAAGGUUUAAUGCAGGCCAGAACAAGCAACCAGUAAACCAUGGAAGUGUUUCUUCUGGUAGUUCUCCUGCUGUGACCUCAUCUCUUGUUCUUCAGAAUAGAAAUGCUUCUGGAUCCGUUCAGCCAAUUGAUAACAUAUUUAGUGGCAGAAUUUUAUCUCAACAUAAUCAAACAAAAGUUGCUUCUGAAACAAGUGCUCAUGGACAGGCUGCAGUGGAUAAACUUAGGGUGAAGGUCCAUGUUGGCAGAGCUCUUAAUGAUGUAAAUGUAAGUGCAGAUGCAUGGGGUGAACAGAACCGAGGUCCUAGAACCAACAGAUCAAAAAAUCAAUUGGCUGUCAAAGCCUAUACCACCAAAGCAGGCGAUAGCAACUCGGAGGGAAAUAUCAUCAUCCACACUGAUCGGUACAACAUGGAUGAUUUCCCAGUCGGUUAUGUGGAUGCAAAGUUUUUUGUAAUAAAAUCAUAUAGUGAGGAUGAUGUACACAAGAGUAUUAAAUAUAAUGUUUGGUCCUCGACACCACAUGGAAACAAAAAGCUUCAGAGUGCUUAUGAAGAUGCACAGAAAGUGGCUGCUGGAAAACCUGGAGGCUGUCCCAUUUUCUUCUUUUUUUCUGUAAAUGCAAGUGGUCAAUUUUGUGGUGUUGCACAGAUGACUGGCCCGGUUGACUUUCAUAGGGAUAUGGAUUUCUGGCAGCAGGAUAAAUGGAGUGGAAGCUUUGCUGUCAAGUGGCAUAUCAUUAAAGACAUAUCAAAUACCUACUUUAGGCACAUCAUAUUAGAGAACAAUGAGAACAAGCCAGUGACUAAUAGCAGGGACACACAAGAGAUACCAUAUUACCAAGGCUUGGAGAUGCUGAAAAUAUUCAAAAACCAUACAGCAAGGACAUCUUUACUUGAUGACUUCAUGUACUAUGAGAACCGUCAGAAAAUUAUGCAGGAUGAUAAGGUAAGGCUAUUAGUUAGAAGCUUUGAGAGGCCAUUCGUGGCAUCUGCUUUAUAUCCUUCCUGCAAGCUGAAUUGUGUUGAGCUACCUGUGCAUGAAGAUGAGAAGAUUCCUAAGAAAAAUGAUUCUGACAGCCUGAAUGGAAAUGAAGAUGCGGAGCAUAACAUUGCGGAAACCAAAGAUGAUGUUUCGUCUACUUUAAAGAUCGGUUCACUCACUAUAAAUCCUAAGCAGGCCAAGUGUGAAACGUUAGCUGAUGUUACUGCUCUUCCAAAUACUGCACCUAUUAACAUUGUGACAGUGGGUUCAAUGCCGGUCAGAGUGAAUGGAUUAGCCCCGUCUUCUGGUUUUCUAACUGUGGGUACGAUUCCUCUUGACCGUAGGACCCUACAGCUUGACAAGGGUGAUGCUAUUGCAAAAAAGGCGCCAUAGUACUAACAAGAUGGAGGCGUCUGAUCAAUUGAGAUUUCAUUUUUGUUGGUGUUGCUGCAUGUUUUGGUUAAAGCAAAGGGAGUCAUACCCAGUGGUGGUUAUAGUUGUACUCAUGACCACUUGAAGUAUAGUUUCAGUUCAACCUCUAUCAAUGUUGCCCUCAAGCGAGUCAUACUCGGCGGUGGUUAUACUCAAUUACCAAUUGAAGUAUUGCUUCAGUUCAGCCUGAGCCUCUAUAAAUGUUGCCCUCUUUGUGCUUCACUCCUUGUGGUUAUUUUGAUGCACUUCCCAGUGGUGUUUUGGGGAGGAGAUCCCUGUCAUUACCGAAAUCGAGUGAAAAAAAAAAAAAAAAGAGGAUGAAAUCUAGAAAUCUUAUGCAUUACAUUUAAAUGUUUUAAGACUUUUUAAGUUAUAAAGGAUACUUGUUAUUAUUUGACCUUAUA